GUGUUUUCGUCUAAGUACGCGCGCGCUCUCCGUAAUAAGCACAUUAAUUUCGGGCUAGACACAGAGAUACCGGACCAGACAGGUUGAAGGCUGUUCGAUGGGACUGUUCAAGACCAAACGGCGCGCCAACGUCCGCAGUGGGCUCAGUCUUGGCCGGAACGUGGUCAGGAGAGUAAUUCGGCUGACAAUUGUGUGACUGUUUGGAGCGUGCUUGAAGUGAUCAUCAGCGAUCUUCCUGUAGAUCAGCUUGAAAAUGUAGGGCUGUGAUAACCGAGUGAAGGGAUUGCCUUUGUGUCGGGUUUAAGUUGAUACUGAAAAUGUUCGAUCUAAAAAGUGAUUACGCGAGAUGAUUUUUGGCGUCUUGUUUAGGGCAUUUCGCAGCAAAGCACCGGGCGUUCCCACCGAACCAGACUGCGUCAGUACGAACCGGUCGUUAGAGGAGAGGAACAGCUGAGUGCCGUCGUCGUCGUUUGGCGAUCCACCGAUCCGAUCUUAAAAAUAACGCUUAGCGCACGUCAUUUGUUGUGGUGCGCGUUGUCCGGUCUUCGCGUUGCGCCGUGAUACCUUUCUCUCGGUAGUCAGCAGUAGAAAUCGGAAGAUCGGAAGGACUUGAAGGACGUUUCAGUUGCAAGCUUCAGGGUGUUUGGAACAAGUGCAAGACUAGCCGGUCGUGUUGUAAGCUCUGCGGGGAAAAUGUGGUUGUGCUGUGCAGAUCGAAAAGCCUGACACGACUAGGAUCGUGUGGAAGAGAAUAUUCUCGUGAAGAAAGUGUUCAAAAGUGCGUGAGUGAGUGAGCUCUCGCGUGAGGAAGCUGUCCCCAGCUGUCCUCUGUCUGUCUGUGUGUGUAGCUGCUAUUGUGCGAGUGUGCCAGGUUCAAGGAGAACCAUUGACUUGUUGUUUGGGGUGCACGCGCGCCCGGAACCGAUUGCGCAACGUUAUCUGUUUGGAAACGCCAGCCCGGCGCAUAAUCGGCUUAAUGAGAAGAAACCCAGUGCGUGCCGAGUUUAACCCGCUAAUCGCGACUCCUAUGUAUAAUACCCGGAAGCCGGACUUUCCUAGUGCAGCCGCCGUGAGCCAUUGUCACCGUUACUCCCCGAAGGAUCCCCGCCUCAGAUCGACGGUCGUUAAGCUAUCGACGUUAAUACGGCUGAACAGCGCCACCACCCGGCAGCGAACCAUACGAAAGAGCCACGCGCCGCAGUAGGCUAACAACCCCUCCACCGAUCUCACGAUCCUCGACGAUCAGAAUACUGCGCAGUAAGCAAAACAAAAGCUCCAAUUACCAACAAAACACAGGCGACCAACACAGCGACAAAUCCCGGACGACGGUGCGCAGGACGCCCGAUCCGGACGCCGAUCUUAGUCGCCGCGGAAGAUCGCGAUCGUUGAGAACUUUUUCAAACCCGCCUCGAUUCUGCCUUUGCUUGCGAGGUCUAGGGCGGUUGUGCAUUUCUUUUGUUGUUGAACGUGACCUGCUUUGAUCACGUGUGAGCGCUUCGCGCACGUGGACUCUAAUUAGAGAUCUGAUCUUUUUGUUUGGACACCGUCACUGAAGGUCGCGCCGACGCGGCGAAGCUCUAGGAAGAGUGUGUAUGAUUGACAACUUUCUGGCGGUUGAAAAUGGUGGUCGAGAUACAAAUUACCGACCCGAGCAACAAGAGCUACUUGGUUGGCGCCGAUGCCCAGAACAAUAACAAUCCGCGCUUCGGCAAGGAGCAGCUGGAGGCGAUCAAGACCUCGCUGCUGAACUCGAACGAGGUGACGUUCUGCAACCUGUCGGAUGACGAUGGUGACGAUCACUGCCGGGUCAUGUCCCAGCUGACGGUGGCCGACCCGAACCGGAAGAAGCGGCGCCUCUACUCGGAGCUGUCCGAGCCGGACUCGAUCUUGUCGUCGUACCAUGAGCCGGUCAAGAAGCCGAAGCCGAAGAUUCCGGACGGUGGCUACGGUUGGGUGGUGGUGUUUGCCUCUCUAAUGGUCUCGCUGAUCAUGGACGGUGUGUCGUUCUCGUUCGGGUUGAUCUACACCGAACUGGUGGCGUACUUCGGGGAGUCCAAGUCGAAAACGGCAUGGAUUGGCUCACUGUUUAUUGCGGUACCGCUGCUGAUGGGGCCGAUCAUGUCCAACCUGGUCGAUCGGUACGGGUGUCGUAAGAUGACCAUCAUCGGUGGAACGGUCGCCACGAUCGGCUUCGUCAUUUCUUCGUACUGUACGUCCGUCGAACAGCUGUUCUUUUCGUUUGGUAUUCUAUCUGGGUUGGGACUCGGUGUCGGUUACGUUACAGUAGUGGUUUCGAUCGCGUUUUGGUUCGACAAGAAGCGUACCUUCGCCACCGGCAUCGGAGCCUCCGGUACCGGUAUCGGUACCUUCCUGUACGCUCCCCUUACCCAAUGGCUGCUGGACAACUUUGGCUGGCGAGGAACCACGCUGAUCCUCGCCGGAACCCUCUUCAACAUCGUCGUAAUGGGCGCCCUCAUGCGCGAUCCCGACUGGAUGAUCGAGGAAAGCAAGCUCGAAAGUCGCUCCCAAAGUAUGCUGACCUUCUCGAACUCGAGCGUCUGCCUAGACGAAAUCAAGAAGCUCAUCGAAGUCGGUGUCGCCAAAGAGCACCUGCUAGACACGCUCGUAACGAACGUCAACACCGAAGCGAACCAGGUCAUCCCUCCAGAUGACCCCGUCAUUUGCAAAAAGUACCAGAGCGAACUUACCCUACCGACCUUCAUGAAGCACGAGAACGAACUGCUCCGCCCGCUGCCCCAAGGUGGCGGCAGUCGUCGAUCACUCCGCCAGGCGAUCCUCGCCAAAGAAGCCUUCAAGAAGCUAGAGGAAGAGGCCCCAGUCGAACACGCCAAGCUAGCCAGCUCGGAAACGCUAAACUCGUACGAAAAGAUCUCCAGCACCGGCUAUCAAGACGACGACUGCAGCCUCGGCUUCUCUCCCUCCCUCAAAACGCUCAGCGUAGCCUCACUGGACGAGGGCUACCUCAGCUGUCAACGCCAGCGCGAACUCCAGUCCCGUGGCGGCGGCAGCACCUGGUCCCUCGACGAGACGGCACUCGCCGCCCAAGACGAGGACCCGCGCCACUCCUACCGCGGAACCUCCCUGGACAUCGUGUACGAGAACGAGAUCUUCAACCCGAACGUCAACACUGCCGUCACGCUGGUCGUCCCAAAACAGAAAACCAUGAAACCGAAACCCCACCACCAGCACAAAAACGGUGGCCUGAAGCGGGCCCAGCCCCACAACCAGUCGCUGCGGUACUCCAACUUCCUCAAGGACAUGCGCAUCCACAAGAACUCGAUCCAUUAUCGCGGUGCGCUGCUCAACACCCACCGUUACCGGCUGAAGGCGUCGUCCUGUCCGAACAUCUACCGCAACUCGAUGACGACGAUCGCGCGGGAAAAGGAGGAGAUUUUCAUUGUGCCUUCGUACACGUAUCUGUUAAGAACAUGGUACGAGAGCUUCAUCGACGCGCUCAAGACGAUGUUCGACUUUUCGCUGUUCUUCGAGUUCAAGUUCUGCAUGAUGUCCAUCUCGACGCUGCUACUGUUCAUCUGGUACAUCAUUCCUUACUUUUACAUCCCGGACUACAUGCUGAUGUACAACUUCACGGAACAGGAUGGAGCCAACCUUAUCUCUAUAAUCGGCAUCACCAACACGCUCGGGAUGGUCGGGUUGGGCUGGCUUGGGGAUCAACCGUGGGUCAACGUUAGCAAAACGUACGCCGUUUGUCUGGGCUUUUGUGGCCUCUCGAUCGCCCUGAUGCCGCUGGUCGUGUCCAGCUACGUGAUGAUGUCCAUCCUUUGCGUCGUGUUCGGGUUGACCUUUGCCAGUACGUUCUCCUUUACGCCCAUCAUCCUGGUGCGGUUGGUGAGUUUGGACGACUUUACCGUCGCUUACGGCCUGUGUCUGCUGGUGCAGGGCAUCGGCAGCCUUACGGGGCCUCCGCUGGCCGGACUCAUGUACGACAUCAGCGAAAGUUGGGAUAGCUCGUUCUACGCGGCAGGGUUCUUCAUCUUCCUGGCGGGAGUUUGUGCGUGGGCCGUGGGAACGCUGGAUCCACCCGAGGAGGAGGAAGAGGAGAAAGAAAGCGAAGCGCUGAGCUCUACCGUGACGGAGUAGAGCCCGGACGCUUCGACGGUGUCGACAGUACUUACUGAUUUAAAUGACAAUUUAUACUAGGAUUAAGUUAAACAGCAACCACAUGAGUACGUCCUUUCUGCAAGUUUCAAACUUUCUCUCGAAUUUUACACACAUCCACGCAGUUCUACCUCAAAAAACAGGAUUUAUUUUUGAAAAAAGCGUAACGGCUCAAGCAAUUUAAAACAAAAGUAUUCAGUCAACCACACAGAGACGACAUCAAAUAAACGGUUCAAUGAAAAAAAUCAAUGCCUUAAUACUUCUCCACCUAAGCUAGCUGGAAGAGCCUUGAAUAUCGUAUAAACUCCAUUCUAUUAGCAAAUAGGAACCGUCGAAAUUAACUCGGAGCCGAGUUUCAUAGCGAAAUUUACGAAAACAAAAAUAAGCUAAAUUUUAGUCUGUACUUAUGACUUAAGUAUUGCAGUGGUAGCGUUUAGGCAUGUUUAGGGCAGUUUAGGCAAUUCUUUUUAAUUCGUUAGUUAUUUUUCCUCCCAUUUUCCCAUUUUAAACGGAACCAAUCGAGGCAGUAUUCUCCAGCUGGACGGUGAGCGCGUAGUGCUGAAGAUUAAAGUGAUAAAAUUUGUUCUACUAGCGUGUAAGGUAGCCGGUUAGGAAUAGAAAGAAAUGAAGUUCACUUAAUAGUUCACACACACACAUACAUUUUCUCUCCAUUUUUCACCUUCAUGUUUUUUGUACUUAUCGCGAAGACGAAGACGAAAAGGAAGGUGUUCAAUUAUUCACUGAAAAGCAUAUUCUUAAAAAUAAAAAGUUUGUAUUUUUCGAAAAUCGUG